ACUUUGCAAGGACUAAAUUCAACCCUAUUAAUGAUUCACUAAUUGAAAGCUAUGAUUUAGUAGCAAAUACUAAUUCGGAAAUAAACGAAUCUUUACACGAAGAGUUGCGUGGCAGAAGAGUGGUGCAUGGAAAUGGAAAUAAGAAUCUUUACACGAAGGCUAUUUUCAUCUUCUCUCUCAUGCUGAUAUAUCCCUCUCUCUUCCUUGAAUUCCUCACAUGCAUUGUUUUGAUUGGCUAUGUUUUCAUUCCCUUUAAAUAGCACGGCUCUGGAAACAAAGGAGAAAAAUUCUUAUUCUUUUCCACCCACAAUCCAAUCCUUUCUUCUUUCAUUUUCUUGCAUUAAAGAACUAAAAUCUUAAUCCAUCUCUCAUUGCUAUGAGUACUUGUACGAGGAGGAACCAUCCUUAUUGUGUUUCGCCGAAAUAUACUAAUUUUACUAUACUGAUACCGUUAGUGGUAUGGUUCUGAUUCUUAUUGUGAAAGCUCAAAGUUCAGUAUCAGAAUGAUUUCAGUUGAAAAUGGUAUUGUAAAUCACCAAGAUGAAAUUGAAGAAUCUAAUGGGAGUCAAGUGAAGGAAUUUGCUUCUAUAGAUAUUUCAACCACUCCAAAAACAUUUCCAAGCAAUGAAAAUCCUCAAAGAAAGUUUCUCAAAAUUGGUUCUGCAUCUGCCAAAGUCAAUGAGCUUGUUAUUGAAAAAGACCAGAUUUCACAGUCUGUGCCUUCUCCGCGUUCCGAUGGCUUAAAGUCGCGAUUCAGUACCAUGUUUUCUCAGAAACUUGAACGGAAUUCAGUCAAGAAAAGGUUCAAGGAAUGGAUCAAAAACCCAAUGAACAUGGCCCUUUUCGCGUGGGGAAUCUGUGUCGCUGUAUCGGGGGAGAUUCUGUUCUUGGUCAUGACAGGAAUGUUGAAUAAUGUGCUAAAAACAAAGUCUGAGAGGAAUACAUGGUUUGAAAUAAGUAACCAAAUACUAAAUGCUCUCUUUACACUAAUGUCUUUGUAUAAUCAUCCAAAGAGGUUCCACCAUCUUGUUCUUUUGUGUAGAUGGAGAUCAAAUGAUAUUACUACACUUAGAAUGAUUUUCUGCAAAAAUGGUACUUCUAAGCCUCGUGAAUGGGCACAUAUGAUGGUAGUUGUUAUUCUCCUUCAUGUUAACUGUUUUGCUCAAUAUGCAGUUUGUAGUCUAAAUUUAGGAUAUAAAAGAUCUGAGAGACCAGCCAUUGAACUUGGAAUUGCCAUAUCCGUUGCAAUUGCGGCACCGGCAACAGCUGGAUUGUACAUUAUUCUUAGUCCACUUGGUAAGGACUAUGAUUGUGAGAUAGAUGAAGAAUCACAGGUUCAAGUUAGAGACAAACCCUUCGAGAAAAAAUACGCAUUUGUAUCUAAAGAUCAACAAGGAGGAAUUAUAGAAAAUAGACCGAAAUGGAGUGGAGGAAUACUUGACAUUUGGAAUGAUCUAUCAUUAUCAUAUCUCUCACUUUUCUGCCCUUUUUGUGCGUUUGGAUGGAACAUGGAGAGACUUGGAUUUGGGAACAUGUAUGUUCAUAUAGCUACAUUUAUGCUGUUUUGUAUGGCUCCCUUUUGGAUAUUUGUAUUGGCUUCUGUUAGAAUUGAUGAUGACAAUGUUAGACAAGCACUAGUAGCUUUUGGAAUCAUUCUUAGUUUUUGUGGUUUACUUUAUGGUGGAUUUUGGAGGAUUCAAAUGAGAAAGAGGUUCAAUUUGCCUGCCUAUGAAUUCUGUUUUGGAAAACCAUCAUUUUCUGAUUGCACACUUUGGUUAUGCUGCUGUUGGUGCUCUCUUGCUCAAGAAGCCAGGACUGGGAAUAGUUAUGAUAUCUUGGAAGAUAAGUUAUCCAUGAAAGAAAUUGAUUCCCGCGAUCAAUCUUCGGCUACGGAAGACGUAGUAUCAGCCAAAUCUGGCUCAAGUUCUUCUCUUGAAAGAGGUAAAGAUGGAACAAUGAAUCCCCCAAUAGCAUUAGUAGUACAAAGAGAAGCUCUUUAGUCUCUGAAAGUAAAAGAGGGAAAUGAUUCUUCUUGAUUGUUAUGUAUAACUACAUUGUUUGAGAUGAUCCCUUAAAUUUCUAUGUAAACCAUUUUGUUAGGAUGCGGAUUAUAGUUAUUGAGUGAGCAUCACUUUUUCUAUUUAAUUGCUUACAAGUCUGUGUGAGUAGGAAAUCUUGUGUGUGUUUCUUUUUACAAG